AUGCAAGUGCUCGGCCUGUCUGCAGAGGAUCAAGCUAAAUAUCAGCAGCUCACCCCAGAUGAUCUAAAGACAGUAACUGCAAUUGCCGAGCCCAACAAGGCCGGCCAACGGCACAAAUCCCCCUCGUGGAUAUGGAAUGUUAACGUCGGUGGCGACAUACGGAGCAAUGACGAGUUGGGAAUCAUUCACAGGGUACAGUGGUUCCAUGCCCGUUCAAAGGUUGACAGAUUGGAGGAAGAAGCCGCCAUAUUGCGCAGGGAGCUUGACUCCGUGUGCCGAUACUUUGACCACGAAGCAUGCCGGUGGCGAGAAUUAGCGACCAAUAACACCGAUGCCGAGUACCCUGGAUUUUCCCAGCACUGCCGAGCACAAGCGGCACUGUUCGAUCGCCUGCCCCCGAGCCCGACAACCUUUGUUAACUCCCGGCCCGAGCACUUCACCAGCCACUCGGCCCUCACGAUCUCACAAACCUCGGACCGAGCCAGCUGCCAUACGAUCGGGCCGAGCGGUUGUACCCACACUCGGCCCCAGCAGUACACCAAACACUCGGUCCGAGCAGUGUUCCAAACUCUCGGCCCGAGAAAUGUCGCCAACUCUCGGCCCGAGCACUUUCCCGAACUCUCGGCCCGAGCAGCUUUCCGAACUCUCGGCCCGAGCAUUUUCAAAACUCUCGGCCCGAGCAGUUUUCCAAAGUCUCGGGCCGAGCACUGCACCGAAAUCUCGCCCCGGGCAAGUUUGCGAACUCUCGGCCCGAGCAGUUUUCCGAAGUCUCGGGCCGGGCUCGAUGUUCGCAUGCAUGAUGCAAUCUACCUCCAAUACUCUCGGCCCGAGGAGUUUUCCAAAUCCUCGGGCCGCGCACUUUACCGAUAUCUCGGCCCGGGCAAGUUUGCGAACUCUCGGCCCGAGCAACUUUCCGAAGUCUCGGGCCGGGCUCGGUCAACCUAA